AUGGCGCAUCCGUCCAUCAAGAUCGACACCAGCGUCCAGAGCACUAAACGCGGCCUACCGGAUAGCGAUGCGGGGAUCGAGAUGUUGAAUGAGCAGGGGAAUCCCCGGUUAGAGACAGGGAACACGGACGACGUCCCACCGUUCCUGUGCCAAUCGGUGACGGAGAUUCAUGACAAGUUCGAAGAUCUCGAGUGGAUACAGAGAACUCGGAUUUCGGAUGGUAUGGUGUCUAAUGACCCUACUCAUCCGUAUGCGAUCGAUACCGAUCCGAAGGUCAAGGCGAGGAAUCGAUACCUGAAUGUGCAGGCGUAUGCGAAUUAUCGCAUACAUCUGCAGGUUCCCGAGGGCGAAUGUGAUUUCAUCAAUGCAUCUCCGAUUAUUCUGAGGGACUCAGUGACGCAUGAGGAAUUGAAGUACAUUGCGACGCAGGGACCCAAGCUUGGACAGCUUUCACACUUUUGGCAUAUGGUUUUUCAUGAGAGCAAGGAGGUGGGUGUCAUUAUUAUGCUCACCCAGACCGUUGAAGCAGGUCGGGAGAAAUGCGCCCAGUAUUUCCCAUUGGAUCGAGAUCAACCGUCGAUGGAUAUAUUGCCCGAAGAACCCUUUGAGGCCUUGGUGAGCGAAGAGGCUCAACCCGACAAUCAGCCCAGUAUUCUGGGUAAAGUCACGCUUUUGGAAUCCUUCUAUGACGAAAAGUCCUGCUCCGAAGUUCGCAAACUAGAGCUGACUCUUGGAUCCGAGUCGAAGAUCGUUUGGCAUUUCUUGUUUGCGGGCUGGGCAGAUCAUUGCAAGCCAGAGGGGCACGACCGCCAGGGAUUGUUAGAGCUCAUCAAGCUGUCUGCCUCUAAAUGCGACUCUGAUAAUCCACGGGUUGUGCACUGCAGCGCCGGUGUUGGCCGAACGGGAACCUUCAUCGCUCUCGAUCAUCUCUUGCGCGAACUUGAAUCGGGCCAAUUACUGCAGGUUACCGGUCCCGAGACCGAUCCAGUUUAUGAAUGCGUCAACCAGAUGCGUGAGCAGCGCAUGAUGAUGGUUUACAAUGAACUCCAGAUGCAAUUCAUUUAUGAAGUCCUCCGCGAACAAACAGACGUCAAGCUGGGCAAAUACCCGCUCGAGUUCGGAAGUCCGCACGAGCCCCGAUCUGCCAAAUUACGCAAAUUGAGUGAUCCCUCAGCUUAUGUGCCGCCGUCGAAGCCCGAAUUGGAGCCGGUCCUGGACCGAAUUCAGACUCCGACGCGAAGCUGGUCUGGGACCCCCGAGGGAUCCGAUGAUGAGUAG